AUGGCGAUGCGCCUCUUCGCGGCGCUGCUGCUGCUGCGCCGGUUUGCGGCGGACGCGCGCGCGCCCGGCGCGCCGCCGCCAGGGAUUUGCGAGAUCAAGGACCAGGCCGCGGAGUGGCGCCGCACGCCACUCUAUGGCAAGUACAAGCGCCUCGACGUCUUCGUGUCCGGCAUCGAGGGCGCGGGCCACCACGGCGUCGUCAACGGCUUCCUCGCGCCCGUGGUCCAGCUCGUGACCGUCGCGCACCGCACGGACUGCGACGACCGCACGGAGAUGCCCUUCUUCGGCCAUCCCCCCGCGCGGCAGGGCCGGCGCUGCGCGCUCUACGCGCUCUACGGCUGGGAGCGCGACCGCGGCGUCCCGUCCUACCCGUCGGAGCGGCGGCUGCACCCGCCGGACCGCCUCGCGGCGCUCUACCUCAAGAGCUGCUUCCCGGGCGGCUACCCGCCCGCGUGGAAGGGCUACGGACUCGACCGGCGCGGCGACCUCAAACGGUGCUGGCGCUGCGGGACCUGGCAGGCGACCCUCGACGACGCGUACGCGCGCCUGCUCCGGAGCGACCGCCUCGACGUCUCCGCGCUCGUAAAAGGAGUCACGGGCAUGCGGGUUCUGGUGCUCUGGCGCGACUUCACGAGCUGCGUCUUCUCCCACGGCCUCUUCGACGGCAACGCCCACGCCCACGCCGUGCUCCUCGCGGCGCACGCGGCGUCCAUGGCGCGCGACGCGGCGGCGAUGGACCCGAAUGACUGGCGCCUCGCGGAGCAGGACUCGCCCGCGCGGCGCGCGGUCCGCGCGGUCUUCGCCUACUUCUCCCACACCUGGGCCGUCUUCGACGAGCCGGCGCAGCAGCUCAUCCCGAACGACUUCCGCGCGGCCGCGAACGCGACGCGGGCGGCGGCCGCCCCGCCGGCGCCGUCCAACGGCGACGCGUGCCCGCCGCCGGAGGUCCCGCGCGUCGUGCCCUGGGCGGACUGGGCCGAGUGGGUCUGGGUCUGCGAGGCCCUCCACGGGAGCGACGCGCCGUCGGUGGCCGCCGGCGUGGCCCGCGUCGCGAGCUGGCAGCUCCGCGGCGGCGUGCCCCACGCCGUGGAGUCGAGCGCGGCCCUCGCCGCGGCGGCCUUCGGCCCCGGCGACCGGCUCGCGUCGUCGAUGCUCGUCGUGCGGUGCGUCAACGGUUUGGUCGACGCCGGGCAGACGCGGCAGCAGGCCGUGUCCGUCGCGGCCCUCGCGGAGCAGCGCGGCCUGCCCGGCUGGCUCGUCGACGUGCGCCACGCGGCGACGCACAACGCCCUGCCGAGCGCGCGCGUCCUCGGCAGCGCGCGCGCGGCGCUCGCGGCCUACUUCUACGACGAGUACUGGGCGCCGCAGCGGCGGAAGCUCGACGCGCUGCGGCGCCGGGCCGACGCGCUCAUCGACGCGUGCCUCGAAGAGAAGCGGCGGCGGGGCGGCGGCCUCCCGAAGAAGCUCGCCGACGACCUCGCGAGUUUCCCGCCGGCGACGCUAGGCCACGCGCUCGUGCCCGCGCUCCUGGACCACCCGCGGCUGUUGAGCGGCGACCGCAAGGCCGCGGCGCCGCUGCUCCGGGCCGCCGGCGCGCUCUGGCCGCCCCUCGACGGCGCCCUCGCGGCGGGCCUCGCGGGCCGCGCGGACCGCGGGCCGCGCGCCGCGCGCGCGGCGGACGUCUGGCUCCCGCUGCUCCUCUCGCGCAAGUGGCGCGGCGUCGGCGAGGCCGACGACCUCCCCGCGGCGCUCGCGGCCGCGGCCGUCGACCUCGACGGCCUCUGGCGCCGCGCCGUCGCCGCCGACGCGCCGGCGUUGGCGGCGGCCGUCGUCGAGGUCGCGCCUUAA